UCAUACAAACUCCAAACCCUAGCCUCCUUGCCUCCGCACGCCGCCACCCACCCACCGCCUUGUCCCUCCCACAGCUCGCCACCGACGGCCUCUCCUCUCCCAUCUGCUUCCCUCCCACAGCACGCGGAACGCGCCACCGUCUCCUCCUUGAUCCAACGCACCGCCGUCUCCUCCCCGAUCUAGAUCCAACACAUCGUCGUCUCCUCCCCGAUCCAACGCGCCGCCAUCUCCUCCCCGAUCUAGAUCCAACACGUCGCCGCCUCGUCCCCGAUCCCCUGAUCGACACGCUGGCUCUCUCACCUUGCCGGCAGGUCCCUCCGCCACCCCCUCCUCCCCCUGCCCCGACCCCCUGCUCCAGACGUCGGAGCUCGGAUCACACGCUGCUAUUCGCCGGCGGGCUGAGGCAGGCGUCCGGGCGCGCGCCAUGGACGUGGACAGUGUCGAGCGCCUCUCGCUGCCCGACGCCGCCAUGGACGCGGACGACGUCGGCCUCGCCCUCCACCCGCACGGCGGGCUCCUCACCACCGCCGCCGCCUCCCUCCUGGCCGCCUACCCCAAGGCCGCCGCCGGCGUGGGGGGCAUCGUCACGCCGCAGAGUAGCGUGCACGAGCUGCUCGAGUGCCCCGUCUGCGCCAACUCCAUCCCUUAUGGAGGAUAUAAAGUGGAGUACAGGUCAAGUGAUCAACCCUUGUGGAGCUGGAUGGACGAAGCAGCUGAUUUGUUAGCACAUCAUCAGAUGUUGUCUUUGUAUUUCUUCUUGCUCCAUGAAUUACCCAGCAAUAUGGUGCAUAGAUAGAAAUUUCUCAUAGAUCCUGGUUUCGUUCUUGCACCUUUGGUCUGCAUGAUUUUUAUGGGGAUAUGGUACCGGACUAGAGCGUAGAGGCUAAUGAUUUCUGGAUGCAUACAGAUUGUGGAUGCCACGUCUGAAACUGUUCAAUUUUGGAUGACUCAAACCGGCUCUAGCUAGCAAUCUCUCUCUCCAUCUUUGUGUAUGUGCGUGUCUGUGCAUCCAUUGCAUGUAAAAUCACGUUUUCAAACUCUUCUACUGUUUGAUAGACUGACCUUGAAUGCACCAACACAUUGUCUCAGUUUUCCAUGCUCUGUCUAGUACUAGUUCCUAACUUCCUAUACAUAUAGGAGUUUUCUGCUUGCUCUGGUUGCCAAACCAAAAUACCAUGGCUGGGCGAUGUCCGUCUAUCCUGGGUUGCGUUAGCAUACUAGUACAACACAACUAGUCAUAACAAGGUUAGUUCAUCAUAUACUGCGCUUGAUAUAAAUGUUUAGCUUCUAACAAAAAGUAAUUUGGGAACAAAUUCUUCCAUCAGUUUAAUAUGAUUUCAGUUGAUAGAUUUGUCUAAUACUGUUGAAACUGUGAUCAACACAGUAUACUGUUGGGUUCUUACCCAUAACAUGAAGAUAUCUGUUUUUUCAAAUGUGGAAGCCAUCAUAACAUCAGCUGGUCAUAGUUAUACGCAUUGUUUAACUUUUUCUUCUUUGAAUUUCACAUUGCAGUUCUUUGUUGUAAGAUAAUGCACAUGUAUCAAUACCAAAUAUGGAAAGCUUUAUUAAAAGAUGUAAACAUGCUCAUCAUAUGCUAUCUGAUUCUGAGUCGAUUUAGAUAAAUUAUGAUUUUGUUAUUCUGCUUCAUGAUUUACUCAAUCACUAUUGUUUCAUGAUGAUUAUGCAGUAAUGCUCCUCUUCUUCCUCCACCACCUGAACCACCACGCCGACGGGGCUCCUGAAGCAUCAAAUUCAAUAACGGUGACCAUCCAUUCCUCCAUUCCUUGCUUGCAGCUAGCGUUUUAGUUUUCCAAGAGCUAGCUAGUUUAGUCUACUACGGUUUGGGGGUGCUUUGGGUUUCAAUUCGCAGCAGCAGAAGCACCAUUCUUUUGCCUUUUCCAGUUAGAUGCCUUUGGAUUGUUUGGCAUCAGAACCUGUUCAAGGAGAUUUGCUUUUGGUUGAUGCAAAGUAUAGAUUAAGUAUUCCAUAAAAUUCACCACAUGAUUAUACUAUUUAAUAGCCAAUUUUCGUGGUCAAAUUCAGCCCUGGAUGCAAAUGGACAUCAUGAUUCUGUUAUGCGCCGAGGUCGGUGAUCGAAUUGAGGUGCCUCUGGACUAUAGUGUAUUAGGUUGCCGACUGUAGUGUAUUAGGUUGCCAAGAGUAGUAAAACUUAGUGUUGUAUUGAGGAUUGAGGGUGGCUGGGCUUAUAGUUAAUCAUCAGCAUGAAUGCUUUGUUUGUCUGAUCCUCACAAGUUAAUGCUUCGCUCGUCUGGGUCUGUGAUAAUGCCAUGUGUCUUGUAUAAUCAGAUUACAUUUUUGUUUGUUAUGGUAAUAUAAAAAAUAUUCGUGCCGUCAAAA